AUGCGGGAAGAUGAUGCUCGGGACUUGGGGUGGAAACUCCAGCAACUACUUAGACCUCCUACUUCUUCAGGAAGACGAAGCUCAAGUAGAAUCCCAAUUCAAAGUGAACUGUUCUCAGCCAAAUCGUCAAAUGAUGAUUUAGAAUCACCAACACCAACACCACCAACAACAACAACUCGUCCAACGGCAGCUGAAGAGCUUGAUGAACUUGCAAAUAUUCUUCCAUCCUAUCAAAUGUACCAAAGUACCAUUUCCAAGAACUUAACACCAACAACUGAAGAUUUAAGAACCGAUCCUCCAGGAUAUGACUUUCUUCCUAAGCCUAAUGCCAAUCAUUACAGCCGCAGCAUUGACCUGCAAGAGAACGAGUUGUCGUUGUCUCCCAUCAACUCGCAAGCAACAGGUGAGUUAUACCCUGCGUCAUCAUCUUCAGCCUCAGCAACUGCUUCUGCUUCUGCAACACCAACAGCCCCAGUGGACCCUUUUGGCAUGCCCCCCUUGCUGUAUUUAGAAGCAUCUGCUGCCGAUACAGCCGAUGAAAGUACAGCAUCCAGGUGGGAAGACUCGAUUCUUGCCAAUGCUCACAAGUUAAAAAGAUUGACUUCUAUCAACAAAGAGUUGUCAAAAUCACUCAAGAUUCAAAUCGUCCUUACAGAAAAGGUUGGGAAAGUUGGGGUGGUGCCAACGAUUAUUGAUCCUCAACAGUUGGAAUUAAAACAGAACGAUAAUGUCUUUGGAUACGUGCUUGUUACCAAUACUACUUCUGAAGAUGUUCCCUUUGAUGCGUUCCCUGUGGUUUUAGAAGGGUGUAUGACUAUUGAUCAAGAAAGCAAUAGUAUAUUGGCUCAGCCAGUUGCCAAAGUAGUUAAGUUCCUAACCAUGUUUGAUUUCAAUGCAUCUUGGACAGAUGCUAAUUUGGUGAGGUUUCAAUCAGAAAAGGUCAACCCUUAUGUGGCCACUGUUCAAGUUGAUCCAGUGGAUGGAACUUAUACUUAUUUGAAUGAACGAAGAGUAUUUAAACCUAACAUCACCUAUAAAAAGUUUUUCAGCUUUAAACUUCCAGAGAAGCUUUUGGAAGUCACUUGUGAAACCCAUGGCCUUGUGAAGCAUCUUCAAAUUCCUCCUACAUUGGGGGUUUCUAGAAAUGAAAUUGUCAACUCUUUGAGACAUAAGUGGAAGACUAGUAAUGAAAUAGUAUCACCUUCUAACGGGCUAAGUCCAGUGACAAGUAAUCUGCUGGUAAGCAGUUUUACAUUUACUUCAAUGAAUUCAGUUGGAGGUGGCGGUAGUGGUGAUAAAUCUGCCUUUACAGACAUCUACAAUGUUUCUAAAAGAAGACUGAAAUACGCUUCUGGUGCUCUUGACUUUGCCUUUCCUGAUGCUUCCAUUAGUUAUAGUAUUAGUGCUCGAAUCAUUGGGAAGGCAUCAGACUAUGAGCAUUUAUUGGUGAGUCAUGCUUUACCUCAUUUAACUCCCAAUGCAGAUGAAUAUGUGGUUGCCAAUGAAGAUUACUGUUACUUUCGAGUACUUCCAAUCACCAAUGAGAUCUUUGAGCUCAACAGAUUCAUGAUUGAUGAGGAAGCCAAGCUUAUUUUUGAUAAUUUGGUACGUAAUGUCAAAGACAAGAUCAACCAGGGUUAUGAUCUACUAUCAUCCACUCGAGAAUCCAGAGGAAUGACUCGAGAGCCUAGAGGAAUGACUCGAGAGUCAAGAGGUACUUCACGAGGCAGAUCUUCUAUUAGAUCUACAUCUGCAUCCCUGUCAAGAGAUACCAGUAGAACCCGAGAUGAUUCUCAGGUGAGAUCUUCGUCAAUUGGACCAACAUCUUUGAGACCAACUGCCAGUGCCGUGGAGUUGAAUAAAAUGCAACAGUCAUAUAUGAGCAAAGUACGUCCCUCAGCAUCAUCUACAUCAUCGUCCUCACAACCAUCAAGGGACACCUUAUAUGAAGUUUUCGUUCCUUAUAGAAAGAAGACUAUGUUCAGUUCUAAAAUCAUGGGCUUAACAGCCAUUUCAAUCCCCAGAAGGUUCUAUAAUGCUCCUUACCUUCCACUUCAGAAAUUUGCAAGUCUGUCUAAUAAUUUGGUAGAUCCGACGAUUACUAUACCAAUGGAUCUCACGUUUAUUUUCACCGAAACUCCCAGCACUACUCCAUUGCCUGAAAUCAAAAAGAUUUCUGCAGAACUUGUUUCGUUGACGGUUAAAUCUAAAAGUCCGAUCCCUGUUGUCAUUUAUCCAGAUUUGGUAUUCAACAAUAAAACCGGUGAAGAUUUCAAUCACUUGACAAUUAGACCAUUCCAGAAAUAUGCCAACGACUUAAACAAGUUACUUAAGGAAUUAGGGGGAGAGGCAAUGGAUCUUGACAAAGAAAUGUCGGAUGACGUGCUCUCCAUUGCUAGUAUGGUAACCAAAUAUGAUUAUUUGAAAGUGAAUAAACUUAAGGUUGAAACAUUAGACGGAAAGGAAGGUUCCAUUUCCGGAAUCCCAUGGAAACCGGAAUUACUUGCUGAAAGUACCAACAAUAAGGAACGACAAUAUAAAUAUACCAAGAAACUCCACUUGGUAAUUGACAUGCAUAAUCUUGAAGGGACCACUGCUGCUACGGGAGCUGGAACUCAAAGUGAGUUUACAUUAGUGCCUGAUUUCCAGUCAUGCAAUAUUGCAAGGCUUUACUAUUUAAAAUUGAUUGUUAAAUUUACCAACGGAGAAAAGGGAGUCAUUCGAGUUCCCGUAGUGCUUCAGAAGAACUGA